GUCCACUACAGUGGUCAAGGCUACUUGUUGCUCGCGGUACCAUUUUAACUACACAAAUAUCAGAAGAGAUUUAGAAUUGUUGGGCAAAAAAUGUUUAAAAGCACAUUAAGGGUGAAUAGUAAUCUCUGACGUAAUUAAUCUCCAAAAUGUUUAAUAGUGGACAGAAACGAGUGUCUUUAAAUUCGACCAGUUCAACUGUUAACGAAUCUUCUGUCAAUAUCACGACAAAUUUUAAAAGCGUUGAAGCAAUCUUAUCAGCUGAUUCGGAUGAAGACGAUUUAAAAAACCUCAUCGAGGACGACUCCUUCUUGAGAAAUGUGUCUCAUAAUGAUUCUGUCUUCCCAGAAUCGACUGAUUUGGGAAUCAUUAACCCCAAAAGAAUUUCUGGAUCCCAAAUAAUGUCCGACAUCGAUAAUUUAAGAAAAGGGCCAAUGCCAAACAUACCCCAAACUAAAAAGUUCAACGAAAGUAUUGCAACUCUGUCACAGAUUCUAGAGAAACCUUCCAAGGAAAUUACAAUCGAUGAGCUCGCUGAAUGUCUGUACUUCACUUUGCAGACUGAUCACAAUUCCUCUUCGGAUCACUCGAGCGAGAGAGACAGUUUCCUCAGUUUUGCAGAAAUUUCAAAAUUAAGUGAUACCGAUUCGAUUAAUACUGGAUACAAUACUGGAAUGGAAUUAAACUCCAUCGCCAAGGAGCUAAGAAGAAUGUCUCAACUGAAGAAAAAUAUCGAGUGCGAAUCUUCACCCGAUUGGCACUCAACAAUUUCAGAAACCCCAAAAAGUACUUUCAAGUCGAAUAAAGCGGCACAGAGUUCGAAUGGGGAUACAAAGAAGGAAUAUUUUCCUAUGAUAAAUUUAUCCGGAAAUAGAAAAUCCAGCGAUACAAUUAGAACUUUCGCUCAUAUUUUAAACGAGUCCUCGAUGGAAAUUGCAGUCAAUGAGUUCUCUCAUGUUUUUCUCGACACUUUGCCGACUGAUUACAGUUACGUUUCGCAGGACUCGAGCGUUGAAGACUUUAAUAAUACGGCGAAGGAUUUGGAUUCAAUCAUCAGGUUGUUAAGAACUGUGUGUCGACCGGAGAAAAAUAUAGAAAGCGAAUCUUCACCCGAUUGGCAUUGUUCUUUAACAAAGAUAAUUAAAACACCAAUAGAUACUUUCAAACCGAAGAAAAUUUCGAAUGAGCGAAAAAGGAAAGAAUAUUUCCCUUCGCCUUUGUUUUCUAAUUAUGAAGCGCCCAAGGAGGAUCUAAAUUUGCAGAAAAAUAGUAGAGAAGCAGUCACUUUUCACGAGAAAAACUUAUUUUCUAGUGAUUUGAGGUCACCGAAAAUAAACUCAGUUGGUAUCGAUUCGACUCAUAUUCCUUCAGUUUCACAGUUGAGGAAAGUAUUUUCCCCUGCGAGAAGAGCAAAAGCUACUUUGAAUGAGAAUAAAGUUGCCAUGAGUGGAAGUAGAAAAAAGGAAUAUUUUCCUAUGAAUUUGAUUCCAAAUGCUGAAUUUUUUAAUAAAGAUUCUUCGAAUAAUAAUUUGUUGUCCAGUUCGGGAAUCCAAAGAAAACAAUUCCUGAAUCAAAGGAACUCGAAAAUUCAGGAAAGAAAAGAGGAAAAUAGUUUGAAAUCGCCUAUUACGAAUUCCAAUAGUAUAAACAGUAAUAAAGAAAACAGUAAUAGAAUGCCUAAAGUUUCGGAGUUGAGGAAACUCUAUUCUCCUAAUUCCCGAAGAGCAGAAGAACUUCAAAAACAAAAACUAGAAGUCCCACGAAUUAACGUCACAAAAGCUUAUCCUGAAAGAAGACCGAAUAGAUUAUGUUUUAAAUGAAACAUUGGUUUUAUUAAUUUAUUUAUUUGAUUUAUUUUGAUUUGUAUGUUUUUCUUUAGUAAUUGAAAAUCUGUGAAUUAUUACAAUCUUUUAUUAUUUAAUCGAAAA